UCGGGGCCCCGGAGGAGGCGAUGGUGCCCGGCGCGGGCCCCGGCGGCCGGUGGGCGCCGCGACAGGCCGGCCCGUGGGGCGCCGCUGCUGGGCCAGGCCGCGACGGAGCUCCCGCAGCGGCCACGGGCUGAGACGCGUCCUCGCCGAGCAGAGCACGCCUGCGUGACUUCCUGCGCCUCCCCCGUGGCCUUCCUGGUCCUCCCCGGUGACACUAUGCAACCCCGGCGCCGCCACCUGCGAGGCCUCUGGCUCCUGCCGCCCUCCUGGUUCCUGCUGCUCCUGGAAGUGGUCAGAGCCGGCCGGCCCGGGGUGAGCUGCCCCGCCGCCUGCCUGUGCGCCAGCAACAUCCUCAGCUGCUCCAAGCAGCAGCUGCCCAACGUCCCCCACUCCUUGCCCAGCUACACCGCGCUCCUGGACCUCAGCCACAACAACCUGAGCCGCCUGCGGGCCGAGUGGACCCCGACGCGCCUCACCCACCUGCACUCCCUGCUGCUGAGCCACAACCACCUGUACUUCAUCUCCUCCGAGGCCUUUUCCCCGGUCCCCAACCUCCGCUACCUGGACCUGUCCUCCAACCAGCUGCGGUCGCUGGAUGAGUUCCUGUUCAGCGAGCUGCAGGCCCUGGAGGUGCUGCUGCUGUACAACAACCACAUCGUGGCCGUGGACCGCUGCGCCUUCGACGACAUGGGCCAGCUGCAGAAACUCUACCUGAGCCAGAACCAGAUCACGCGCUUCCCUCUGGAGCUGGUCAAGGAAGGCGCCAAGCUCCCCAAGCUCACCCUCCUGGAUCUCUCCUCCAACAAGCUCAACUUCCUGCCCCUGUCCGACCUGCAGAAGCUGCCCGCCUGGGUCAAGAACGGGCUGUACCUACACAACAACCCCCUGAACUGCGACUGUGAGCUCUACCAGCUCUUCUCCCACUGGCAGUACCGGCAGCUGAGCUCCGUGCUCGACUUCCAGGAGGAUCUCUACUGCAUGAAGGCCAAGGUGCGCCACAGCGUCUUCCACCUGGGCUUCCUCAACUGCAGCGAGUACAAGGAGCGCGCCUGGGAGGCCCACCUGGGCGACACCCUGACCAUCAAGUGUGACACCAAGCAGCAGGGCAUGACCAAGGUGUGGGUCGCUCCCAACAGCGAGCGGGUCCUGGACGAGGCGGCCAACGGUUCCGUGACGGUGUCCAAGGACGGCAGCCUUCACUUCCGGCAGGUGCAGGUGGAGGACUCGGGCGUGUACACCUGCCACGCCAUGGGGGAGGCUUUCAACGAGACUCUGUCCGUGGAGCUGAAGGUGUAUAAUUUCACCCUGCACGGGCACCACGACACCUUCAACACGGCCUACACCACCCUGGUGGGCUGUAUCCUCAGCGUGGUCCUGGUCCUCAUCUACCUGUACCUCACCCCAUGCCGCUGCUGGUGCCGGGGCGUGGAGAAGCCGUCCAGCCACCAAGGGGACAGCCUCAGCUCCUCCAUGCUUAGCACCACACCCAACCACGAGCCCGUGGCCGGUGAGGACAAGGACGAUGGUUUUGACCGGCGGGUGGCCUUCCUGGAGCCCGCCGGACCUGGCCAGGGUCAGAAUGGCAAGCUCAAGCCGGGCAACACCCUGCCGGUGCCCGAGGCGGCCGGCAAGGGUCAGCGGCGGCUGUCGGAUCCCGAGUCCGUCAGCUCAGUCUUCUCUGAUACACCCAUCGUGGUGUGAGCAGGACGGGUUGGUGGGGAGAUUGUGCCCCUGGAGAGGUAAUGCACCCCGGAAGGCUCCGAAGGGAUGGAGGAGAGGGCGGGCUGCUCCCAGACGGGUGGGUUCCCCCUGACCUCGAGGGAAUGGGUCGUGGGUACGACCGCAGGCAAGACCCCAGCCCGGGUGUGGCUGUCCGAGUUUUCAGAGGCGGAGGGCUGAAUGUGAGGUGCCUACUGCACCUGCCCUGAGGCCUGGCUCCAAGAGGCCGUAUCUGCGCUGGGGAGGAGAGAGGAAGGGCUGGGAGGAAGAGCGGAUUCCCUCAACUCGUCAGGGUCAUCCUUAGCUCCUUUGGAGAAAAUCAUAUUUUGGGGGGGAAACACCACUUUUUAUUUUUUUCCGCUUCUGUCUUGGCCCACCCACACCUGUGCUGUUGCGUGUGUUAGAGAGAGCUCGCCACACCUGGGAGAAGCUACAGUGAAUCUUCUGUGGCCAGGAAGUCACAUGGGAACAUGGGACAGCUGGGGAAAUGAGAACCUGUGGGAAACUGAGUCAGACGGGAAGGGUGGGCCUCAGUCAGAAACGCUCCCCACAGCUCAGCUGAGUCUUCCCUCUGCUGCCUUCCGCGUUCCCAGUGGGCCCUGGGGAAUCUGGGCGGGAGACUGGCCUGUUGCCAGUCAGAUGUGGCAACAGUGUGAGAUGUCGUGGCCUCUGGACCUCGGCCCAGGGACCAACGGUCCUGAGGGUGACAGUGUGAAAUGGGGAGGGGAUUCAGCAUCCCGGCACAAAAACGGGGGUGCAAACCCCAAAUAGGCCAUUUCUCUGACAGCUGACACCCGUGGCCAGUGGCCAUGUGUCAGAGCAAGGUGCGGUCACUGAAGGCAGAGGAGUUGGGGCCACUUGCCCCAGAUGUGAGGGGGGAGGUGGCUUCCCACCGGGAGGGGCAGCUGCGGGGGCCACGGCCUCCGUUGUGUAGCACCCAGUGGAGUGACCUGAUUUUCUGGGUCUGCUCUCUCCCCAGCCUCCUUAUCGUGCUCAGGUGGGGUUCGCUUAGGUGGGGUUCGCAGUUUUGCCUCAUCUGCUGCCCUGCAGACGUAGGAGGUGCUGAAAGGCCGGGCACCUGCUGGGCUAGAAAGGGUUUGGCUAGUCACCGUCACUGUCACCAGAGGGUUGGGAUGGAGCCAUCUCGCCCUCCCUGCCCCAACAGUUAGGAGGGUGAUUGGGUUCUGUGCUCUCCCCGUGACCCCCUUGGCACUCAUCUAGAGAUAUGAGGACACGGGGACCACAUCCGUCCAUGCUGUCCCUCAGCCAGAGGUCAAGUCUGACGUUCCAUGUCCUGGUGGUGAGGGCAGAGAAUGGCCCAGUGGACUGCCCAUGGAAUCAAGGAAUGCUGGGGAGCGCGGUCAUGGCGCCCUCUGUCCUACAGGCCCCAGGGGAUGGUCCCUUGGAGCUCUGGAGGGACUGGGCAAAGGUGAAAGCCUUUUCUGAUGCAGCCCCCCCUCCCCCUAGGGUCCCUGUCUGUUUGAGGUUGUCCAGAUUGUCUUGUUUCCUCAUCUUUUCUUUAGGUUCCAGCGAGUGUCACUUUCCUGUGGGGGCAGAUGUGGGCUGGGAGGGCCUGACCCCCACUGCCGCUAGGAGCGGGAGGGAGAUGGGUGCUGGCCGUGGAGAGGGAGCUGCCCGUGUGGGGCUGGGCUGCGAACAGGCUCCUGUGCUCCCCCAUGCAUGCACCUGCUUCCCUCGGGACCCUGCGUCCUGUCCCUGCUGACACCCACCGUGCAGAAUGGCCUUUCCCCAUGUGCACCUUCAGACCCGUGAGUUUCUUCCCUGUAGGAGAGACAGUGACCACGCCAGGCUCCCCCACUACAAACGCAGCUGUUUCUCCCUCCCACACUCUUGUGUUUUUGAUUUCUGAACUCCCUAAAGCUUCACCUUUGCGGCCCCAAACAACUUCUUUGCAAAGGCUGGUGUUAGCUGCACAGGCUGAGAACCCUGGCAGGGCCCCCAGAGUGAGGAGAUACCUUCAGACCCCUCAGAAACCUGCCUUGGAUCCAAGGCUGGAUAAGGGAGUGUAGAACUAGGUCACCGAUGGGCCCAGCAGGGAACUGGCAGGGUCCCCAGCAGCUCCAGUCACUCUUCCGACGUGACCUGUGGGGGUUUUAUUCCCGGGCUUCUGGGACUUUAGUGGUCAGAGCAGCAGUAUACAGAGACCCCCUCCUCAGACUCUCAGGGAACCUGAGCGACUCCUCACUGCAGCCUCUCAGCUGGGCCCUGGAAGGCUACUCUGAGGCGCUGAUGGUGUCAGUGGGGGCUGGGGACAUUCUCAGAACUCCUGAGCCAGUAGACCCAUCUUUUUCAUCUCAGAGAGUGAGAGAAAGCCUUGAGGCGUCCAGUCUCGCAACUCUGCCCACCCAGAGCCCCUUGGAAGAGACUGUCCCUGUCUGCCAUGCCCGGUUGAGAGUGGGCGCUGUGUGGGUCGUGGUUCCAGGUGACAAAACUGUUGGGGGAUUGGGUUCUCGGCAGACACCAGUGGGCUGGAACCCGGCCUCAGAAGCCUCCAGCCAAUUCCAAGGAAAGGCUGAGUGAGCACCCCAUAACCAACCCGGCUUGUGGGAAGCCGGUUCCCUGGGCAUGACAGGGCUUUAGUCUGUGAGUGUCCAUCACCUUUCCGCUUUGCUUAUAUUUACGGCUCUCCUUGGUUGAGGGGGUCCCGCCAGGGUGAGCUGAGACGAGUCCAGCUUCCUGUGUGUUCUCACCUCUGUACUCCCCUAUAGUCCUGUGGCACCGUCUCCAGAGUCUGGGAUCCCCUGACCCCACGUGUCUCCCACUGUGUGUCCCCAGGCUGGCCAAUCUUUGGAGCUUCCAGGCUCUGGAAACCAGACAAUGAUCAUUAAACCUGGCUUGAGUCUCUGUUCUA